UGGAUGGAGCUCCAGUUUUAACCACAGCACCUCUACCAUCUUUUCGUCGUGACCCAUCUGAGUGCUUUCAAAAUGAGACCUCACCCCUCAUUCAUAUUGCACAGCCCCCUCCCAUGGGUCCGCCCCCUCCACUACCACUACCACCCCCACUUCCUUCAUCUAUGGGGGACCCUUUCACCCGGACUGUCCAACGACGCUCCAAAAUGCGCAAUUUCAACUGGGACGCCAUCCCCAGGCACAGCGUGUUGGGAAAACGCAAUGUUUGGACAGCCCAACGCAACCUCGAGAACUUUGAGUUGGACACUAAGCGAAUGGAGGAGCUUUUCAGCCACAACGAGCACCACAGUUUGACUCGUCAGGGUGGGAUGGUCAGAAAAAGUGUGUGGGGACUUUCGCAAAUCACUACAGAAUCCAAAAAUGUGUCAAUUCUCAACUCCAAGAAAAGUAUGAAUAUUGGGAUUUUGCUAAAACAAUUUAAAAGGCCACCAAAGGACAUCGUGGAGGCUGUCAGGCACGGUAAUCUGUGCCUUUCUUCCGGGAAACUGAAAGAGCUCAGCAAGCUGUUGCCUGAUGACAUGGAGACAAAGAAGCUGCUGUCAUUCAAUGGAGAUCUAUCUCCACUAAACGAGGUUGACCGUUUCAUGGUGAUGCUAGUUCGAGUGCCAGGGUAUAAAGUGAGGAUAAAGUGCCUGCUCCUUAGAGAGGAGUUUUUUCCCUUUAUUGAGGAGAUCAAACACUCCAUUGCUGUCAUGACAACUGCUGCUAAUGAGUUGCUGGCAUGUGAUGACCUACAUUCAAUCAUCAGACUGGUGCUGAAGGCUGGUAACUACAUGAAUGCUGGUGGCUACGCAGGGAGUGCUAUUGGCUUCAGGAUGACAUCAUUGCUCAAACUGGUGGACACUAAAGCAAAUAAACCUGGCAUUAACCUUAUGCACUAUGUGUCCAUGCAAGCCCAACAAAUUGACGAAGCUUUGCUGCAUGUCGCUGAACAGCUUCAACACAUUGGGAUUGCAGCAAGGAUCCAAAAGCAGGAGGUGGAGAUGGACUUUCAAAGGGAGUUGGAGAAAAUUAGGGAAGCAAAGAUGGAUGCCAGUAAACAGCCUGAUUUACUACAUCAGAUGGAAGCAUUUCUUCGUAUGGCAGACAUUAGGCUUGCAGACGUGGAGGCUUCCCUUCAGGAACUGGAAAACAUCAGUACCUCUGUGGCAGAGUACUUCUGUGAAGACCCAGCCACGUUUAAGCUAGAGGAGUGUUGCUCUAUCUUUCAUUCCUUUUGUGAGAGGUUUGAGAGAGCUACACAGGAAAACCGUGAGCGUGAAGCAGCCGAGACUCGCAAGCGACAGCGAAGAGAAAGAGAAAUGCUGAACAGAAUAGCCAAGCGCCGAUCCACCUCCACAUUCACCAGUCGGGAUGUGACAGAUGAAGUCUCCGCACUGGAAUCUGUCCUGACCAGCUUUCUCCACCAACGUCCUUCUCGCAGGAGGCCCGGUGGGCUCACACCUGUCACGGACGGCCCCAUCAGGAACAUCCGCCCUCAGGUUGAGGAGCGUGAGGGCAGAGGGGAUCUGGACAGCCCUGUGGAAACCAACCAGGAAAAAUUCUCAAAGUUGGAAGAACCAGAGAACACCUGCCUGAAGGAGGAGGUUCCACCCAGCACCGUUAAUGACAUUCAGCGGGUACGUGCCGCAUCAAAAAGAGCACAGUGCAUUGAUGAUGAACUUAUUCCAGAAAGCGACGACCUCAAAGAAGUUGGGUGUAGCAACAUCUCAACUAAAAAAGAGUUUGAAGAUGGAGAGGUGAAUAAAGAAGUUGAGGUGAUUGGAGACAUGGAUAAAAGAGAACCAAGAGUGGAGGAGGACAACAAGAAAAUAGAAGAAGAAGACAAAAUACCCGAGCUCUCGAGCAAGAGCUACCACUUUCAGGAUUGCGUUGCUGGUCUGAAUGGAACGGCUACACCUGAUCGUUCCCAAGGCCCUGCCGUGUGCACCUCCGCUACUCUAAAGAGGAAUAUAAAAGAGGUAGAUCUGGCCUUGCAGGAUGCACUGGGAAGUCUAGGCUCACCGUGGACCAUCCUCAGCCCUAAUAUCUCUCCCUGUAACACACCACACCACAGACAUUCCUACUCCUUCUCCAGGGUGGACAUCCUUGAUGAUGGGGUUUGGGCAUUUCCUGACACUCCUGUACGGGACAAACCCUCAUUCUCCCAUAAUGCAGGUGUGGGGACUUCAUCCUCAUUACCAGACUGUCCCUCAAAGCGAAUUCCAGCACAGGGGACAUUUAUAAGGUCUGCAUCACUUGGUGAUGAAAAAGACUUGGCUCCUAACUUCAAACUGGGACAGACCUUUCAGAGACGCAGUGGACAGGCGCUUCCUCCAGAUAAGAGAACGGAAAGCUCAGGACUUGUAUCUUUCUUUCGACGCUUUGGGGAAAGAAACCGUGCAGGAUCUGUUGGUUAAGAUGGCAUGGAAUGUUCUUCAAGGAUUUUACUUUGACAUGAAGGAUAUGAUGAAUGUAGACAAAAGGGAACUUGUCUUACAGCACUCCUGAUGCCUUUUGAGCUCUUAUGUAAAUCUACGGUGAUGCAUGCUGAUGCUUUAAACUAGCUGAUGCUAGUUUUUAGUUCAGUUAUUUCUAAAAAGAUGCUUUCAUUGGUUCAAGACAUUGAAUUUCAGGGACUGGAAUGUCUUAUUGUUGUUCUUUGUCCUUUAAGGUCUGUCUCAGUGUUAUGCAAUAAAGUGUG